GCGUACUGACAAAUGUCACAUUUCUCCUGCUGCUGUAAACAUACAGUUAUUAAGGUUGAUUAUAUCACCUGGCCAGCAAAAAGGAAAAGGCGACAACUGGGGAGAUUUUGCUUCACUCGGUCCAACACCUGCAGAGGAUAAUCGAGCCAACACCAUGGUUCAUUUAUCAUCACUCCUGCUUAAGAAGUACCACGGAGGUUACGUUGUCAUCCGAUUGGCUCUCGCAGGCCACAAACAAGCAAACAGACCUUUUUAUCGAGUCGUGGCAGCUUACAACAAAAGGGCAAGAGAUGGUAAAUAUUUAGAGCAGCUGGGAACCUACGACCCCCUCCCCAACAUCCACAAUGAGAAACUUGUCAGCUUCAACUUCGACCGAAUCAAGUACUGGAUCGGCUGUGGCGCACACCCUACAAUGCCAGUGGCCAAACUUCUAGGGUUGGCAGGAUUUUUCCCUCUGCACCCAAUGACGAUAACAGAGGCGGAGCGUCGGAGAGCGCAAACAGAGCUGAUAGCAACAGGAACAGAAGAAGUUCUGCAGGAGGGACAGAAGGAGGCUUAAGUGUGUGUGUGUGUGUGUGUGUGGGUGUGUGGGUGUGUGGGUGUGUGGGUGGGUGGGUGGGUGGGUGGGUGGGUGUGUGUGUGUGUGUGUCACAGUCAUUUGGAGGGAACUGAUCUAUUUGUUUCCUAACCUGUUUGGUGGACUGCUUGAAGCUAUGUCAGAUAUGGCAUAUUGUAGUUCUAGUUGCUCUAGUAGCAGCUAUGGACAAUUCUUAUUGAAACUGAUUCUUGAUAAAAUGCAAUAGUUUGAGGUUAUGUUAAUGAGUGGAGUGCCUCGAGAGACAGUUGUGUAUUUACUGUUUUAUUAAACAUUAAUAAAAUAUUUCAAUAUUAUUCCAUUUGGCUGAGGUUAACAAGCUGAUUUUUUUCUAUCAUCCUCUGUCUAACAUUUUCAAGACCUUUUUAUGGAAAAAUAUUUGAGUUUACUUGGAACCUGACUCACGGAGGGUGUUUUCAUCUUUCAUUUUUGUCUGUUUUCUUCCUUUUAAAAUUAAUAAAUAACUAUUAGUCCGUU